CAUCAGUCAAGAAUCUGGCCCUAGUAGAGGACUUGGUAGACUCUGGAAAGGCAUACGCCAUACCUGACUUCGGUGCUUUCAUGGCCGUUUGAUCUCACACGAAGCUGCUCCCUCGGGCAUGGAUGGAGAGAUCCCGGUCUUCGACGUUGACUUGGACGAGGAUCCCUUCGUGCGAUGGCAGGAGAUCGCCAGGGCCUAUGCGCCAAUGCUGCAGAAGCUUGCAGACUUGCAAGUGGCCCUUGAGACUCCCAGAGCCAAGAAAGGCCGACGGCGCAAGGCCUUUCAAACAGAUGAGUGUUGACAAGGUAGAGUCAGAUGCGUUUCAUCAAAAUCAGCAAGUAUCAGUCAAACCAAUCAAAUUCUCGUUUUAUCUUCAGAACCUUCAGGCCACGCUGGAGCAGCGGGUGGCUCGCUUUGCGGCCAAGGAGGCGCUCCAGCUGCUGGAACGGCUGGAAGGUGCCGGUGGUUUCAUGGGAGAAGUGCUGGCGGAGCUCAAAGGUCUGGCCGAGGCGGCACAGGUCCCACUGCAGGCGCUCUGUUCUUUGAGCCUUCAAUACGAGGCAUAUUGCGCAUGCACUGCUGUGGCAGCCCGUGUGGAAGAUGGCAGCAUCGCUUUGGCACGGACCCUGGAUUGGGAGUUUCCACAGCUCAAGGCUUUGAAUAUUGACGUGCGGGUCUUCCGCGGACGGCAGCUGCUUUACGUGGCCACCACCUGGGCCGGUUACAUCGGGAUUUUGACCGCGCAGCGCCCCGAGCGCUACGCUGCCGCCGUAAACUUCCGGGAGCCCAGCGAGACGAGCGAGGUGAAGGUGGAUGCGCUGCCCGUGGGGCUGGCCUUGCGGUCGGUGCUGGAGAGGAACGAGAACUACGCGGAUUUUUUGAAGGACAUUGCCUCGAUCCCUGUGAUGGCGCCCUUCUACUGUUUGGUGGCCUCCACCAGUGGCGCUGCUCAGAUCACCAGGGAUGGCCUCACGGAGAUCAAACGGCGAGUGCUCGCGGAGGACCAGCUGUACUUGGUGCAAGCCAACAUGGAUCAUUGGGACAACGAUAUGGCCAACGACAACCAACAGUCCUUGGAGCGCUGCAAGCUGGUUGAGGAGAUGCUUCAACUCCCACUGACACGCGGCUAUGUCGAGGAAGAUGAGCUAUGGUCGAUCCUGUGGAAGCAUCCGAUCUACGAGAAAGGCAUCACACUGUACAGCACCGUCAUGAACCCUUCUCAAGGCACCUUCAAGUCCUUGUCGGAUCCACCAGAUGCACCCGCGGACGACCGGCGUGGCCGGAAGAAGAGCCGGAAGUGAACAGCCGAA